AUGGCAUAAAUGUACGAGGACGCCAACCGCCCCCACGGGUGCCGAUCUUGACUAACCGCGCAUUCUUUACUAACAGACCUUCAGUUUUCUCCCUGUCAUCUCAUAUAAAUCCCAUAGAGACUUGAGACGUGCCGAGACGAUCACUCUGAGCUUCAGUCCGCCAACAUGUUUGACGUCAUAUGGACCGAUCCCAAUGUGGAGCGUAUGGGGCAGCGGAUGUUGAGAAAGGAACAAGAGGCAAAGGAAAAGGAGAAGAGGAGGGCUGAAAGCAUUCGCCAAUCCGUGUCAACCAGCAGCUCGUCUGCGACUAGCGACCGAGGCUUCAGCUUAUUCUCUGGAAAAUCCAAGAAAAAGGGCUCAACAACGUCAGAUGGAAAGGCAAACCCUUACGCUGCUAGCUGCGAAGAAUCAGAAUGCGGCACGACAAAGGCCAAUAGAAACUCGCAGUAUGGGGUUAAAGCUGCGGUCGCCAAUGAUGAUGUACUUGAAGCUGUAUCCAAGACUUCUGAUGGUGCCGUUGCACCAUUACAGUCUCCAACGGAGAUUGGCGCAACUUGUUCACCAGUACCACGCGACUCUGCUCUCUCUAAAUGGGCCCACCAAGCGGCCGUCGCAACUGGCGUCUUUGAAAAGAUCGUCGCAAAGGAGGCUGAACCAAAAGUCAUAACAGAGAAUUACGUGCAAAGACUUGGCCCAUCCUCUUUCGUCACUCGAACUAUCGAAACUACCUUCUCGAAACGCACAGAAGAGGACAUUGACCAAAUUGAUGAAAUGCUCACUGAAACUCAUAUUUCAUCGGAUGGGGUCAAAAUCCAAACUCCACCUUUGGCGGAUGUGCCUGAAGAGUCAACCCCGCAAGCUUGCGAAGAGUCUGGGUCUUUCCCACCUCCGUACAACUUUCCUCACACACCGCCACCUACUGAUAAUCAUACCAGCCGAGCUGUGUCGUCCCCGACAUGUAGAGGCCGUCGCCGUUUAGGAGACUCUGAGGCGUGGAAGCCGCCGCAUGAGUGGGAUUGCACUCCAACUAAAAAAAGCAACGCGGAUACUAUUAGCGAAUGCUCACAGACGACAUUAGUCACAAAAAACGCAAACAACUCUGCGAUCCCAACUCUUCCAGUAGUACAGAGGGAGCUCCGAAUGAUGGCAGCAGCUAGCUCAGAAUUGAUGCUGGCAAAUCUGAAAUCAAGCAUGGGAGAAGCCGCAGAUGCAACGGUAUAUAAAGAAUUCGAGAUGACUAAGAAGCGUUGGAUGUUUUCUGCACUGCACCGACAGGACGGCUACGCGCAAUUGAUGGAUCGCCCAAACGAGCGUCCAGAAUCUGCAACUGUACCCAAGCGGAACAGAAUUCUAGCACUUUAUGAGACCCCAACAUCUGCUUCGUUCCUCGCGGCUCUGUACCCGGCAGCUUCUAUUACUCAUCUCUCACCUCAACCUCUGUCACCUCAUUCUUUCCCUAACAUUCAUCCACUACUAGUCCCGACGAUUUCAGUAUCAGCGAGCUCCAGAGCUCUCCCUCCCCAGCUAUAUUCCGCGGUGACAUGUUUGGCAAUGCCUGCUUUACUUCCCUCCACAGACAUACCUCCACUGCUCCGCCAUAUCAACAGAUGCCUGGCACCAGGAGGCGCUCUGCAUUUGACCAUCAUUGACCCGCAGCCAGUGUCAUCUUCCAUGGGGCCUAAACUAAGACAGUGGCUAUUUACCAAUCUUUUGAUUAACCUAGAACAAGCCUUUCGUACCACGUGGCCAAGUGAAACAUUCCCGGCCUGGCUAGCGGUGGGGCGUCUUCGCGGGAAAGGUAGUACCAUUGCCACUAAAACCAUACAAGCGGUCCCAAUUAUCCCCAAGAACCCGAGUAAAGAAGACUUAAAGGUAGAGCUUCGCUGCUUGUCCAACAGAAUGCUGUGGCAAGAAAUCUGGGGUGGGUUCGUUCAGGCAUCACACUGGUGGUGGGAAGAUCAGGAGAUAGUCGAGGAAUGUGUGAGCUUAGGUACAUACUGGCAGUGCUCUCACAUUGUUGCUGUGAAAGAAGAUCCUAUUAAGAGUUCAAGAUCUGUUCACUAGGCAGUGAAAUGGGCUAUUGGUCAUUGUUUUGCAGCAUACCAAAUGGUGCUCAAAAGGUAUCAUGACAUAAUGUCAUAGGCGUCCAGGACAGGUUGUAUUCAGGGGACUUUACAUGGCAGGACACUCUAUACCCCACCGGAAACUAGUGAGCUAUAGCUAGUUCCGGGCUCAGGAUUUGCUUUCUUCACUUUGUUCUAUUCUUGUUGUCUAUCUUUCGGUUGAUAGUACAUUGACAGCUCUGUGAUGGUAAGGGGCUCAAGAAGGUUCAGCUACGCUGGGACGCAUUCUCUAGGGCAUAGAUCCUCGAGAUAGGUUCAAAGAAUAUAGUGUGCAGUUUUUUUCAUGCUUGCUUAUGUCUACUGUCAUGUGCUUGCGAUAUUUUCCUAGGACAAAUACUGUUAUGACAGCUUUGCUUUCACCAUCCAGGUGUUAGUUAGCUACCUGUCU